GAUCCUUGGAGAACCGUUGCCGCUUUGCAUUAGAAGUUGUUGAAGGUGUUGUUGAAGAAAUUGGGGCAGAAAGAGUUGGAGUGAGACUUUCACCCUUUUCAGACUACAAUGAAUGCAUUGACUCCAACCCUCAAGCAUUGGGUCUCCACAUGGCCAAAUCUCUUAGCAAACAUGGUGUGCUUUAUUGCCACAUGGUUGAGCCAAGAUGGGACAUUUCUGGAGUGAAUAAGGAAAGCCCUUACACUCUAGUACCAAUGAAGAAGGCCUUUCAUGGAACUUUCAUUGUUGCUGGAGGGUAUGAUAGGGAAGAAGGUAAUAGGGCUGUGGCUGAGGACAACACAAAUCUUGUUGCUUAUGGUCGUUUAUUUUUGGCUAAUCCAGACUUGCCUAAGAGAUUUGAAAUUGAUGCACCACUCAACAAGUACAAUAGGGACACCUUCUAUACUCCUGAUCCCGUAGUGGGUUAUACUGAUUACCCAUUUCUUGAAGACAAUGCUUAAGGAUCACAUUUAUUAGAAGUGCAUGUUUACUCUAUAUAUGAUUUACAUUAUUUGAUGUUUAAAAGUUGUUUAAUCUAGAUUUUCAUUUUUUACCAAAUAAUAUAAUGUAACAUAUCAGUAUUACUGUUCUUAAUUUGUUAUACUAAAAUAUCCGAAGUAUUAUAAUUUA